CGCGGGGGCUGGCCACGCCCCCUGGGACCGCCAUGGCGGCGCGAGGCCGCAGCACCUGAGGCAGGAUGAAGGAGUGGUGGGUGCAGGUGGGGCUGCUGACCGUGCCCCUCCUGGCCGUCUACCUCCACAUCCCACCCCCCAGACUCUCCCCUGCUCUCCUCUCCUGGAGAUCCUCUGGAGGCUACUUCACCUACGAGGACCAGAAGAUCUUCUACAGAGACUCGCCCGGCGCCGUCGGCAGCUCCGACGUCGUCGUCCUCCUCCAUGGCUUCCCAACCUCCAGCUACGACUGGUGCAAGAUCUGGGAAGGGCUGACCCAGCGGUUUCACCGGGUGGUUGCUCUGGACUUUGUGGGAUUUGGUUUCAGUGACAAACCUAGGCCCCACCAUUACUCCAUCUUUGAGCAAGCCAGCAUCGUGGAGGGGCUGGUGCAUCACCUCGGCCUCCAGCACCAGAGGAUCAACCUCCUGUCCCACGACUAUGGGGAUACAGUUGCCCAGGAGCUGCUGCACAGGUAUGAGCACAAUAAAACUGGCAGCAUCUUGAUCAACAGCCUGUGUUUGUCCAACGGAGGGAUUUUCCCCGAAACUCACUAUCCCCGCUUCAUCCAGAAGAUCCUCAAGGAUGGGGGGUUGCUGUCCCCCAUCAUCACGCGGCUGAUGAACUUCUUUUUCUUCUCCAGAGGGCUCGGAGCAGUCUUUGGGCCCUACACACAGCCCUCACAGGCCGAGUACUGGGACAUGUGGACAGCGGUGAGGACCAACGACGGCAACCUCGUCGUUGACAGCAUUUUGCAGUACAUCAACCAGAGGAAGAAGCACCGAGACCGCUGGGUUGGGGCUCUGGUGUCCACCUCUGUCCCACUGCAUCUCAUCUACGGGCCCCUGGACCCUGUGAAUCCACACCCUGAGUUUCUUCAGCUUUACAAGAAGGUGCUUCCCAUGUCCACAGUGUCUGUGCUGGAUGACCACAUCAGCCACUAUCCACAGCUGGAGGAUCCCACAGGCUUCCUGAAUGCCUACCUGAACUUCAUCAACUCCUUCUGAGCUGCUGCAGCUCAGGUCUCACUCUCUUCCUGAGUCAGGCUUUGGGGGCAGGAAGAAACCUUUGAUUUUUAUCUCCAGGCCCAACACUUUCCACUAAACACCCUCAUCUUUGCCUGCCAAAGGUUCCUGCAGAUAAAUCCUUUGAGCACCAGAAAAAGAUGAGCCUGCAGGGAGGCUUGGACAAAACCAUCAACCUGAGUUCCAAGAUGCUGGCAGCUCCUCCAGCCCUGCUCUCAUCUUGCUUCUUGACUGGCUGGUCUCUGUGUUUAGAGCCAGGAAGGCUCAAGGGGACAACAGGGACACCCCUGAGGGGAGGCAGAGCAGGUCUGUCAGUCCAAGAGGCCUCACUGGCCUUCACUGCCAGGCCAUGUUGCCUGCCACAGGAAGACAGGACCUCUGAAAUAUUCCCAAGAUGGAUGUUGGUUUGGGUUUUGAGUUCAAAUGCCAUCUAGUGUUACAAGCCCUGGCCAGCCUGUCAGCACUGAAGACUCUGAGUUUGCCUGAAGGCAGCAGGAGAGCUCAAUAUCCCAACUAAUCCCUCACAAUAGAGGCAACAGCACUCUGCACCCAAAAAGGGGCAUGUAAACACUAAUUAUGUCUUCACUUUUGAAUGGCUGAUUACUCAAAGGUAAGCUCUAAACCUCUUUAUUUUUUUUAACCACAUCACUUGUUUCUCCAAGUUUCAGUUCUCCAAGCAGAGCUGCUCACUCUCACUACCCCCUGGCACUAUCUCAGGAGCUCCUGUUGCCCUGGAGCAAGGAGAUUGCCCAAUACUGGCACUAGGCAAAGCCAAAGUGUUCCAAGCAAUAGCUAUUCCAGCCACAGGGAUCUGGGAGAGAUGCUUAAAUUAGCAUUAAAAUACUACUCCUUUCUUCCUACCCCCCAGCCCCGACUUGAUAAACUAAAGAAUCAUCAGCAGAGAGAUGCAGAACUUCCCUCUCCCAAGGAAGCCAACCACAAAGUCCCUCCUUCCUCCUCUCUUCCCAACUUUUUGAUACAGGAUGUCUCACAUCCCUGAGCCCAGGAAAAGGCUGCAGUGUUGUUUGGUAUUUCCUGACAUAAGGCUCAGAGAACUGAAUAUGCCCUGACAGCUGGAGUUUAAUCUCUCUCUCUACAUUCAUUUUUUUCCUGUGUGGAACAGAGGAGAGGAGCAUCAGGGAAUUGUAAAGUUGCAGACUCAGCUGUUUUGGGGUGAUUUUUAACUUCUUAUGUUUGAAAUUCCAUAACAUCCCUUUAGGAAUAAGGGGCUUCCCCUGAGGAAACAGCCCUGCUGGGCUACUUUUUCUGUACUGAAGCAGAAUCAGAACAAGAAAUUUCUAUUUUAUUAACAGCAAUGGAUACAAAUCCCACCACUUGGACCAGUGUUUAUUUUCUGUUAAUAAAAACCCGUUUUGACAAAA